AUGAAGCUCAUUCUUCUUGCUCUUGUGCCUGUGGCAUUAGCCCAAUUUCCAGGCGAAGGCACCUGGUUUACCACGGGCCGUGGCGAACCUGCGCCGAGUGACGACCGCUUCGUCAACUCUGCAUGCAACCCUUAUUUUCACUUCUUUUGCGGUGUCCAGGAGGGUAGUACCGGUCAAAAUCCAGAUAGCCAGGCUUUCCCAGUCAAGCGGACUUGCUUUUUUCCAGAAAAGAAGCAUGGGGGUCAAUCAUGUUCUCCUGAGCCAGGUUACAACAAAAACGCAGCAUAUCAUGUCUCUAUGUUGUUUGCUGUCGGCCGUAGUGUCGGCGUGUUUUGA